AUGAGACUAUUGUGGAUUCUAUUAGAAAUGACGAAUUGUGCUAUAAGAAUGCUGAGGAAUGGUGGAAUUGAAUACAGGUGUGUUAAAUUGGACUGCAACAGGUCUGCAGUCCAGUCUGUGAAACAGAUGAAGCCACACCUGGAGACUAUAGACAAAAUAUUCAAGGGUAAUGUCCUGUUCAACUAUUCCACCUACAAUAACACUCACAUCUUCAUGCUCCUGAAUGGCACUGAAUUAGUCGCAUACCUGGAGCUAAAGCCAACAAUUCUCGUAGAAAGAGGAUGGAGAGGCAAAAGAACCUACAAAAACUUCACAUUUUACAUGGUGUGUGUUCCAGAAAAAUACAGGCGAAAGGGCUUCUGUAAAAUUCUAAUGGAUUUUGCUGUAAAAAGCACAAUCAGCGAGAAUGGAACCAAGGACGUCUUCUUUUCGAUGCACCUGAAUUCUGAGGAUCUAUCGGCGCCUGUUUCUGCUAAAACGUACUACCAGCUUGGAUUCAGAAGAGCAAUGUGGGCCAGAUACUCAUUUGAAGAAUACAUCCACUCCUUUGAGAACUUCAGGAAGAAUAGUGUCGAUCUCUAUGAACUUAUGAAGGAUGAAACAAAGGGAAGUGGAACAGGAGGAAUGGUUGCUCUCUGUUGCGAGGCCAAGGACUACGCCUCUAAAAAGUGGCCAGUUCCAGAGAACUUCUACGAACUGGGAAGAAGCCUGAUGACACGAAUGGAUGCUCGAAGACGCACCUACGACUCAACAUUCUCAGGUUAA